AUGAAAAACCAAACAACACUUACUGAGUUUAUCCUGCUAGGUCUCACAAAUCAACCUGAUCUCCAGGUGAUGGCAUUCAUCUUGCUAUUCCUCGCCUAUCUACUAAGUGUCCUGGGAAACCUGACUAUCAUCAUACUCACUCUAGUAGACCCACAGCUUAAGACCCCCAUGUAUUUCUUCCUCAGGAAUUUUGCAUUCACAGAAGUUUCCUUCACAUCUAUUUUUAUUCCCAGACUUCUGACCAGCAUGACAACAGGAAAUAAAAUUAUUAGUUUUGCUGGAUGCUUCACUCAGUAUUUUUUUGCUAUACUCCUUGGAGGGACAGAGUUUUACCUCCUGGCUUCUAUGUCCUAUGACCGCUAUGUGGCCAUCUGCAAACCCCUGCACUACAUGACCAUCAUGAGCAGCAGGGUCUGUAUACAGCUUGUGCUCUGCUCCUGGCUGGGAGGAUUCUUGUCUAUUGUUCCACCAUUCAUCCUGAUGAGACAGGUGGAUUUCUGUGGCACAAAUGUGCUGAAUCACUAUAGCUGUGACUACAGACCGCUGCUGAAGAUUGCCUGCUCAGACACAAGCCUAUUAGAAAUAACAGUCAUUUUCCUGGCAGUUCUGACUCUGGUGGUGACUCUGGCACUGGUGACGCUUUCUUACACAUACAUUAUCAAGACCAUUCUGAGGAUCCCUUCUGCCCAGCAGAGGACAAAGGCCUUUUCCACCUGUUCCUCCCACAUGAUUGUCAUCUCCCUGUCUUAUGGCAGCUGCCUCUUCUUAUACAUUAGUCCCUCACCAAAGAGAGGAGACAAUUUUGACAAGGAAAUAUCCCUGCUCAUGACUUCAGUUAGCCCCUUGUUGAACCCCUUUAUUUAUACUCUAAGGAAUCGGCAGGUGAAGCAAUCUUUUAAGAACACGGUAAAAAAGAUCAUAAAGAUGACGUGA